AUGCAAGUGGAUGGGGUGCAGGAGGGCACAGCCACGCUGUCGUGGAGCAACCUGACAGUGACUGUGACGGAUGUGAAGGGCAACGACCGCCACAUUCUGAAGGGCGUGGACGGCUAUGUGGAGCCCAACCACAUGAUGGCCAUCAUGGGCCCCAGCGGCUGCGGCAAAACUACGCUGCUCGACACUCUCGCGGGCCGGCUGGCCCAUACCGCCCGGCACACUGGCGACAUCCGCGUCAACGGCCACAAGAGCCAGCUGAGCUACGGCCGCAGCGCCUACGUCACCCAGGAUGACGUGUUGAUUGGCACGCUCACUGUGUACGAGACAAUCUUCUACAGUGCAAAGCUGCGCCUGCCGCAGAGCAUGCCCGGGGCAGAGAAGGAGCAGAUUGUGCGUGACGUGAUUGCAGAACUGGGCUUGGAGUCCACCAGCGACACCUACAUUGGCACCUGGCACCUGCGUGGUGUGUCAGGUGGCCAGCGCCGGCGCGUCAGCAUCGGCUGUGAGCUGGUCACCAGCCCCAAGCUCAUCUUUUUAGACGAGCCAACUAGCGGCCUGGACUCUGCCGCCGCCGUCAUCCACCAGCCCUCCUCCGAGGUGUUUGCGCUGUUUGACAAGCUGUGCCUGCUUUCCGACGGUCACGUGGUGUACUUUGGCGCCGCCAACCGCGCCAUCGACUUCUUCGCCGAGGCGGGGCUGCCGGUGCCCAGCAACCGCAACCCCGCCGACCACUUCCUGCACGCCAUCAACCGCGACUUCCUGGAGAGCGAUGAUGUGGAGAAGAACAUUGCGGCGCUGGUGACGCAAUACAAGGCCUCCCGCAUUGCAGCACACGUCAAGGAUCACGUCAAGGAGCUUGAAGACAACCCGGCCAAGGAGUACACAGCGGGCGCGGGGCAGCCCAACUGGCUGUACCAAACUUCGGUGCUCACUUACCGCACCUUCCUCAACAACCUGCGCAAUGUGGGCGUAUUCUGGAUGCGGCUGGCCAUGUAUGUGAUGCUGUGCCUGGGCGUGGCGUUUGUGUACUUCCAGCUGGGAGAUGCGUGGAAGGAUGUGUACAGCCGUGCCGCCCUCCUUUUCUUCGUGGUGGCUUUCCUCACCUUCAUGUCGAUCGCUGCCUUCCCCGCCUUUACAGAAGACAUGAAAGUGUUCAUUCGAGAGCGGCUGAACGGCUACUAUGGAGUCAGCCAGUUCACCGUCUCCAACACGCUGGCCAGUCUGCCCUUCAUCUUCCUCAUCGCUGUGAUCUCCUCCGUCUGCGUCUACUUCAUUGCCAGCCUGCGCAUGGAUGGCGAGAGCGUGGUCUACUUCAUCCUGGACCUCUUCAUCUCCCUGGUGGUGGUGGAAAGCCUGAUGAUGGCGAUCGCUCCUCUCGUACCCCAUUAUCUGAUGGGCAUCGCGGCGGGGGCUGGCAUCAUGGGGCUGUUCAUGAUUGUCUGCGGCUUCUUCCAGCCACUGGACAGCAUGCCUGGCCCCGUCCUGAGGUACCCCCUGUCGUACCUCAGCUACCACACAUAUGCGUUCACCGGGUUCAUGGAGAAUGAGUUCAAGGGCACCAGCGGCUGGGGGUGCGCCCCAGCUGCGGAUGGCGUGCCGCCACCGGACUGCAGCGUGGACGGCGCCGUGGUGCUGAACUAUUAUGAGAUCAUGAACAUCGACAAGUGGGUGUGCCUGGCCAUCCUGAUUGGCAUGGCGGCAUUCUACCGCACCAUCUUCUUCCUCACUCUCAAGUGGAAGGAGCGCGCCAUCACGGUGGACACGCUCUUCUCCAACUUGGACAUUGACCUUGACAACUAUCGCCGCGCGCCUGCCACCUUGAAGCAAGAAGUCAGCGGCGAUGUGCUGGCCACGGUUGAGAAGCUGGCGAAUGCGGGCGCGCUCAAGAAGUGGGGCGCAGCUCUCAGCGACCUCCCCGAGCGCCGCAGCGUGAUGCUGGGCGAGCUGCGCCUUGUGGGCGUGAAGCAGCCUGAGAAGAUUGCCCAGCUGUCGGUCCGCAACGAUGCAGCCUUCCUGUUCAGCGUGGUCGGCACCACCAGCGUGGCCGCCGUCGUCCUCGGCCAGCUGCCGGGCGACUGGGGCUUCUUCAGCAGCUACCUCAUCGGCGGCAUCUCCCUGGUUGUGCUGGCGAUUGGCUCCAUCAACCCAGGCAUCCUACACGUGGUGUUCCCUGACUACAAGCAACGCGUGGUUGCCCACGAGGCGGCGCACUUUCUGGCCGGCUACCUGCUUCGAGUGCCCGUGGCCAACUACUCGCUGAUGCUGGGCAAGGAGCACACUGAUCUGGUGGAGGCCAAGCUGCAGAAGCGGUUGAUCGAGGGCUCGCUGGAGCCAGCCCAGGUGGACCAGCUGAGCGUGAUUGCCAUGGCGGGUGCCACGGCAGAAGCGAUGAAGUUUGAGGAGGUCAUUGGACAGAAUGCAGACUUCUUUGAUCUCCAGAGGAUCAUGAGCCGACAGCAGCCCAAACUAAACAACACGCAGCAGCAGAACCAGACGCGGUGGGCUUCGUACCAGGCCGCCAGCCUGCUUCGGACAUACAGCAAGGAGUAUGAGGCGCUGCAGGAGGCCAUGGCCCGCGGCGCCGGCGUGGUUGAUUGCAUCAAGGCCAUCGAGGCGGCAUGA